AUAUACUGUGUAUUGUAUUUUACAGAGAUAGUAUUAUAUACUGUGUAUUGUAUUUUACAGAUAUAUAUUAUAUACUGUGUAUUAUAUUUUACAGAGAUAGUAUUAUAUACUGUGUAUUGUAUUUUACAGAGAUAUAUUAUAAACUGUGUAUUAUAUUUUACAGAGAUAGUAUUAUAUACUGUGUAUUGUAUUUUACAGAGAUAUAUUAUAAACUGUGUAUUAUAUUUUACAGAGGUCGUAUUAUAUACUGUGUAUUGUAUUUUACAGAGAUAUAAUAUAUACUGUGUAUUAUAUUUUACAGAGAUAGUAUUAUAUACUGUGUAUUGUAUUUUACAGAGAUAUAUUAUAUACUGUGUAUUGUAUUUUACAGAGAUAGUAUUAUAUACUCUGUACUGU